UUGGUUUGCUGACGGCUGCUGCACUGCAACCUUGCAGGCGACUGAACCAGCUGUCUCCCGAGUCUGCCUCUAGGUCUCCAUUAUUAAGGAAAUUGAGAGGCGGAGAAUACGAGUGUGUCGAAGAGGAAGUUAAAGAGAGAGAACAGCGACAGACAAAAUGCUGUUCAGGGCAAGCGAGCGCUGUUUACUUCAGCUGGGGCGGCGGUAUGUGUAUGCUGCAUCACUCUCCACCCAGACAGGUCAGAAAGUUAUCACGCUGGAUAAUAUGAACCCUCAGGUGAAGAAAAUGGAGUAUGCAGUGCGUGGGCCGCUGGUCAUCCGAGCUACGGCAAUUGAGAAGGAGCUGGAGGCGGGUGCAAAAAAACCCUUUAAGGCUGUUACCAAGGCCAAUAUUGGUGAUGCUCAUGCCAUGGGCCAGAAACCCAUCACAUUCCUAAGACAGGUCCUGUCACUUUGCUCAAUGCCCAGCUUAUUAGAAAAUUCUAGCUUCCCUGAAGAUGCAAAAGAGCGGGCCCGAGGUGUCUUGGCGGGCUGCAAGGGCUCUUCUCUUGGUUCUUACAGUGAUUCUCCUGGUAUUGAGAUUAUCCGACGACAUGUAGCUGAUUACAUACAGCAAAGGGAUGGCCAGCCGUCAUCAUGGGAAGACAUUAUCCUGUGUGCUGGGGCAUCCGAAGGCAUCAGGAGCAUAAUGAAGUUGAUGGUGCAGCGUGAGAAUGGAAACAGGCCAGGUGUUAUGAUCCCCAUCCCUCAGUAUCCCCUCUACUCUGCCAGUAUUGAUGAAUAUGAUUUACACCAGAUUGGCUACUACUUGGAGGAAUCAACCAACUGGGGUCUUGACAUGGCUGAGCUGGAGCGAGCAUACACAGAAGCCAAGAAAGUGUGUCAUCCCAAGGCUCUGGUGGUGAUCAACCCUGGCAAUCCCACUGGUAAUGUGUUACCACGGGAGAAUAUUGAGGCCGUCAUCAAAUUUGCCCAUGAAAGGAAACUCUUCUUGUUUGCUGAUGAGGUGUACCAGGAUAACAUAUAUGCCGAUGGAUGUGUGUUCCAUUCCUUCAAAAAAGUCAUGAAGGAGCUUGGUGAACCUUACUGCCAUAUGGAACUGGCUUCCUUCAUGUCCUGCUCUAAAGGGUACAUGGGAGAAUGUGGUCUUCGCGGUGGGUACGCGGAGGUCAUUAACCUUGAUCCAGACGUGAAGGCAAUGUACCUCAAGAGUAUUUCUGCCAAAUUGUGUCCCACCACUCUGGGCCAAGCUGCAAUGGAAUGUGUUGUGAACCCACCAAAGAAAGGUGAUCCAUCCUAUGAUCAGUUUAUAUCAGAGAAGUCUGCUGUGUUGUUGUCCCUGGCCCAGCGUGCCAAGAUGGUGGUGGAAACGUUCAACUCAGUGCCUGGCAUGUCUUGCAACACUGUGCAGGGAGCCAUGUAUGCCUUCCCACAGAUCCAUCUCCCACCUAAAGCAAUAGAGGCAGCCAAGGCAGCUGGCCAACUACCAGAUGUGUUUUAUGCAUUCCAGCUGCUGGAGAACACUGGAAUAUGCAUUGUUCCAGGUUCUGGGUUUGGCCAACGUCCUGGAACUUAUCACUUUAGAACCACAAUCCUGCCACAACCUGAGAUGCUCAAGACCAUGCUGGAGAAAUUCAGAGAAUUCCAUACAAGUUUUGUGAAGCAAUAUCAGUAGAGAGGAGGAGGAAGAGAAUCCCAUGCCUUACUUAAAUCUAAUGAGUCUCCAUCCUCAGCAAGUGUUUCAUUCAAACCAUGAAGCACAAGCCUGCUUCCACUGUGCUUCCUUCACCAUUCACCAGCCACUACUCUUCAAGCUCUACACUUUUAUUCUAAUUCAUAAGAAAUUUAAUUAUGUGCACUUGUUGUCUCAGCACAAACUUUGAUAUUCAGCUCACAGGAAGGAGCAGCCUAUCUCUUGUAAAUGUUUUGUAUAUAUUAAAACCAAUGUUCUUUUUCUUUCUUUUUUUUCACUAAAUUAAUUUGUAAGGAUGGGAAUCACGUUUCUAUGAAUUUGUUAUUUAGUACUCAAAAACAUUUCAAAAGGUUAUUUUCUUAUGUAAUUAUUGAUAAAAACAAAUACAUCUUCCUAUUCUAGAAUUUUCAACAUUUCCAGCCAUUGUGGCAGAUUCUCCUGGCUCACAGAUGAUCACAUUGCCAUGCAGUGCCAUCACUGAAGAUAAAUUAAGAAGUGUACUUAUUAUUUUUGCUGAUUCUCAAACUUCAUAAAUUUUUUAAUCACAUUGGCAUACACAGUGCAACCUCUGAGGAUACAACACAGUUUACCUCUUCCCAUGACAGAUUCUCCCAGUUUAUUGAUUAUCAUUUUGGCAUGUAAAGCAUCCUCUGAGGAUGCAAAAAAGUAUACCUAUUCUCAUGGCAGAUUUUUCUGUCCAUAAAUUUCCACAAUAGCAUGUAGUGCAAUACUGAAUGAUACUCAAAAAGUGUCCCUAUUCUUUCAGCUGGUUCUCCUAGUCCUUGAAUUUUUUUUUAUUCAUAUGGCAUGCAUUACAGUAUUUGCAGAAAGUCUUGACACCAUUGGGUCGGCGUCACAUUGUUUUAUGAGACCUACCAGGGUUGUAAAGUGGGGCUGAACAGCUAACUGAGAUGACUCACACACUGGUGCUUGUGCUUGAGAGAGUAGAAGCUUGCCAGUUAGUGAUCCAAAAAAGAUCAGGACAUCUUGCCUUCACGGAAUUGUAGUUGUGAGCCUCAACCACUUAUCAUGAAAAGAAAUUAUGUUGAUUCUUUGGUGUUAAGACUUUCUACAAAUACUGUACAGUCUUUGAGUAUACACAAAAAUGUGUACCUAUAAUUUUUGCCAGUUGCACUGAAAAUCUCUUUGGAAACAGUGCAUGUAGUAAUCAAACAUCAUGUAAGUUUCACAUAGAUAAAAACUUGGCUUCCAUUAUGGAGGCUCCACUGUCUGAUUUUGUUGUAGUUACACAUAAAUCCAGUCAGCAAUUUUCUUACAUCAUUACUGAAUUCUCUUUGUGUCUUGUAUGUAAUAAGAAUACCAUUGGCUGUGAAGUCACAAUCCUUGUCUUACAGUUUAGCAGAAUUUCAUUAGGUUUAUGAAUGUUGCCACAAAAGUCAUGCUAUAAAAAUGUCUGUUUUGUGUUCAAUGAAAUCACCACCACCAGUGACUGACCAGUGUUGUGGAGUGGAGAUGAGCAAGAAUCGAGAGGCAAGGACAGAGGACAAGAUUUUCUCUGGCCAUGAUGAUCAGCAGUGAACCGUCCAGUUGUUGAUUACAACAGAUGAAUCACUAAUUGAUCUCAUCUCAUUUCACAGAAAAAGAAGAAAAGAUUAGAAAAUCUAGGGCACUCCUAGAAAAGUUAUUUAUUCCUAAAUAAGAAUUUUGUCGGGUAUGAAGGAUAGGUUUCAAUAUGCAAUAUGGUGAUGGUUAGUGGUGAAGUGUUCUACAUCAAUGUAUCGCAAAAAUUUAGGACACUUCUAAAAAAGAAAUUGACCAAUAGGAUAAGAGUUUUGUUUACAAAGGAAAAAUAAAGUUCAAGAUGUUUAUGAUAUGGCUUAGGGCUCAUUGUCAAGCCAUUAUCCACAUUUAUGGUUGUGAUGGUAAACAUUUACAAAUGUAAGAACAUAAGACUAUAGGGAAGUGGCAAGGAUCCACGGAGCAGUCACUGUGUAUCUGUGAUCUGAUUAAAGGUGACAUCCACAUCCAUGCCACACACAAACAAUAUUUUGUGGUGAAUGUACAAAGUGAGACUGAAAAGAAAGAAAGGACAGACUCCCUAUUACCCAAGGAGUCACCACAUCAUAUAGCAUAUAGCAAAUAUCCUGAAAGCACCUGUGUCUACCAGAUGUCUUAAUUCAAAUUAUAUCCACAUUUAUUUCCUCAAACUGCUAAAUACAUGCUAAGGUGUGACAUCCAUAUACUUGCAUAUCCUCUUUGAUGUCUGAAUUCAAUCUGAUACAUUUCUAGUGAGAGUAAUUUGAAUGUACUGCAGUAUGUUGUCUGGAAAAGUAUAUUCUCCAUACACUAAGGUAAAUUAGAAGUUCCAUCCUCUGCCUCCCUUCCUCACCACAGGCAAGAUGGUGCCCCUGAGGGGUUGUGUGGUGCAGUGGCACAAGCAGAUGCUAAGAGUACACCGGUGAGAAUGAAUUAUCCAAUGCAUUUUAGAUGUCACUGUAACCUGUUAUCAAAUAGUGUAUCACUGCAAGCAAAAAUGUGAUAUGAUUAUAAUCUUAGAUCUGGCAUAACUAGCCUUGCUGGUAUAGGUCUGUAAGUGUGACUUUGUGUUCGGUUUCUAUAUGCUGGCCAGCCACACAAGAUGUAUACAGUAAUCCCAAAAGAUGCGUAAUCCUGAUGUAUUUUCCCACGCUAGCAUUCUCUACAUAUUCUGAUAUUUUAUUGUUGAUAUUAAUAUGAUUUAAUUUUUGUCAUAGAAUUGUUUCAUAGAUUUUGUGUAUAUUAAAGCAUAUAAAAGCAGA